GGCGGCCCCUACUGACCAGCAUCAUGUUUAAUAAGAGGAUAAAGACCAUGGCGGCCACCACAAGCUAAACAUCUUGAGAGAUUUACAACCGCUUAACGCUUAUCAAACUCCGUGUCUUUACUCAUGAGGGGAGAAAUUAUUUUUAGCCGAACUAAAGGGCGCUGGAAAUGUUUUGACCUCGCUUAUAAUCCGCUUUACUGCUUAACCCUAGCUACCUGGCUAAUAGGUGACUCGCUAGCUUGAUGCUGCGUUUAUUUAUUUCCUAAACAAUGACGUUGUUUCACAGUUAGAACGCCGGGAUAAAAAAAAAAACAUUAGCUCGCAUUUAUACAUUUCGGGUGCUACAUGCUGAUGUUUUGCGCGUAAAUGCAAUCUUUAUGUGAAGAACAGUUGUGGAAUCUGGGUAAGGUGCUAUGCUGUUAGCCACCUAGCUAAGCAGCUAACAACAUCCAUCGCUUCCGUGUCGCCAUCAAACCGGAAGUUUGAAAAAAAAAAAACCCACAGAGAUUCGGGUAUUGUUGUGGAACAUCCACAAAGCAAGGUGCAAAUCGAUUCAAUAAAAAAGCCGCUCCAUCAGCGGCACCAUGCCAUGUUACCCCUGAAGACUUGCACACGGUGGAAAACCCUCUGACGGUUACAAAGCUCCGACACUGGAGAUGCCUUCCGUGAAUGCAUGGUGACGGUGUCUGUCAGGGGCGUGUAUUUCAUCCUCAUGCUCUUCCUGAGCAGUUUUUUUGGCAGCGUGUUCAUGUUGGGUCCGGCGCUGCCCAUCAUGCUGCUGUCUCCGGCCUGGUACCGCUGGCUUACGGACCGUAUCGUGGCCACCUGGCUCACCCUACCUGUGGCCCUGUUGGAGUUGGUGUUUGGGGUGAAGGUGAUCAUCACAGGUGACGGGUUUGUUCCCGGCGAACGCAGCGUGAUCAUCAUGAACCAUCGCACACGUCUGGACUGGAUGUUCCUCUGGUGCUGCCUGCUGAGGCACAGCUACCUCCGUCUGGAGAAGAUCUGCCUCAAAGCAGCUCUCAAAGCCAUGCCUGGUUUCGGCUGGGCGAUGCAGGUGGCUUCAUUCAUCUUCAUCCAUCGCAAGUGGGAGGAGGAUCAGAAUCACCUGGCUAAUAUGUUGGAGUACUUUUGUGAUAUCAGGCAACCACUGCAGCUGCUGCUUUUUCCUGAGGGCACUGACCUCACUGAGAACACUCGCGCCAGAAGCGAUGAGUAUGCGGAGAAGAACGGCCUGCCAAAGUACGAGUACGUCCUGCACCCACGCACCACCGGCUUCACCUUCAUCGUGGAACAACUCCGCAAAGGGGACAAUCUGGACGCACUGCAUGACAUCACUGUAGCAUACCCUCACAACGCUCCUCAGACAGAGCGCCAUCUGCUGGCCGGCACCUUCCCACGCCAGAUCCACUUCCACGUGCGACGUUACCCGGUGUCCUCUCUGCCCAAGGACACCACCGCCCUCCAGACCUGGUGCCAGGAGCGUUGGGCAGAGAAAGAGGAGCGUCUGCGUUCGUUUUACAGCUCCGAGCGCUUCGACAAAGCCGACGCCCAGGUCCCGCCCUGCAAGAGUGAGCUGAGAGUAGCGCUGAUCAAAGCCAUGUCGCUGUGCUACUGGCAUGCCUUCAUCACCUUUUGCUUUUUUGGACUCUGGCUUUGGACGCCAUUGCGAGUCUAUUUCCUGGUGGUGCUGAUCUUCUUUCUGGUUCAGCAGAAAGUCAUGGGCGGGGUCGAGCUGAUCGAGCUGGCGUGUCAUCAGCGUAUGAAAAGAACCACUGAUGGGCCAGGAAGAAAGAAAGACUGAGAUCUCUCUCUCUCACUGAGCAGGUCGUGGAGCCCCCUUUUGGACCCAAGUGUGUACUGCACAGUGAACAAAACAGCUUGGAAGAGAGAAAGUGAUAUAGGAGGAGUGUGCAUGAUUCCUCGCUGCCUGAAACAGGAAGAACUUAAUCUUCAGUGCUGGAAAUGUGUCAUUUUACAAUUUUCACUGUGUAUGAGACAUAGUGUGUGUGUGUGUGUGUGUGUGUGUGUGUAUGUACGCACAUUUUUAUCCAUUUGAGUUCCUCCCACCUUUCCCCAUGUACCCAUAUUUAAUUUUAUGUGUUGAAAUAUUUAUCUCGAAUCUCCCUCUUAUGCUUCUCACAGGUGGUGUUUUUUCCCCACCGCAACUUUUUUUUUUUUUUUUUUAAACUCAUUUCUUAUUUUUUCUCUUUUAUUUAUUAGUUUUAGAAUUAUCGACUCGUAGCACAAAGCUGGCACUGAUAUUCAACAGCGUCUCCUUUGAUGUAGCCAACCAAAUUAAGGAAAGCACUUACAGUUAAACAUACGCAUAUGUUCAGAAAAGAACGUAACGUAACGACGCUCCUCUCCGGCUCCGUCCCAUCAAGGUUAAGCGGUGGAGGGUGCACAGUUUUAAAUGCUUUUUGCAUGAAACCAAAAAGCUGGAUUUUGAAGAAGAAACAUUUUUCAGCUCGAGCACUAACCCUUAGUUAGGAGUUAAGAAAUGUGCUGUGAUGAACAGCAUCCAGGACAGCUUUAUAUACAAACUGCCUUAAACAUUAAAUAUAUAUAUGUAUAUAUAUAUAUAUAUAUAUAUAUGGGAAUAUUCGGAAUUCUUAAGAAGACACAGCUGUGUAUUUGCAUGUUGCUGCAUUGCGGACUGGUUUGUAAUUUUCAUAACGUCCGUAGUAUCAUUCAGGGGCGGAAAUGGCUCCGUCCCAAAUGACUCCUCUAUGUUUUCUGUGUAUGCAGUAGGUAGGGUAUUCAGGAACUUAGUCCUUAUCAGUGCAUGAGCAAUGCAUGGAACAUUUGUUCACUCGUAGAUCCUAUGACUAGUGCAGUAAGUAGGGAACUUCAGGAGCGGAUUAAUGUGCUUUACUCCCUAUCUCAGACAAUAAUCGGAAAUCCACUACAUGAGGUGUCAGGUAAAGCCAUUUACACUCUUUGUAUCUAGUAGUAAGUAUACUAUUCCUUUAUCUGUCAUCACACCUACACCCAAACUAGUGCCCUUAGUAAAGACAUUAAAUAGCUAACAGGGGUGCAUUUGUAUUUCUGUCAUCUCUCCAGCAAGUAUGUAUAAAUAUAUAUAUAUAUAUAUAUAUAUAUAUAUAUAUAUAUAUAUAUAUAUAUAUAUAUAUAUACACAGGGAUCCCACUCCCUGCCCAGUGCAUAUCAAGCCAUUUGGGAUUGAGCCAUUUCCUGGUACUACAUCAUUAAGGAAUAAUAUACAUGUUACAUAGGGAGCAUCUACCUAUUGGUGUAUCAGGAUAUUCUGUGCCCUAAAAACCAGCUCAGCUCUCGUCCCGAUAUGUGUAUGAAGUAACGAUGUUGGUAUUUGGAUAUUUUGGUAUCAGAGCGAGUGUGGGAAGGGGCUUGCAUGCGUCAGAUAAAACGUCAGGGAGGUUUUCCGAGAGUCUGUUGCCAUUCUUCCUUUUAUUUUUUCUUCUUUUAAUCUGACAGGGGAGAGGGUUUCAUAGGAUGGUUUUACAGGGUCACACACACACACCCACACACACACCUCAAGAUUUUUCAACAAACUGAUAUAAGCCCUAAUGUUCCUCAAUUCAUGUGACAAUCCAUUCAGACAUUGUGUGUGUGUGUGUGUGUGUGUGUUGUCAGUAACUCAUGUGAUCUUCAUCCAAGAAAACAAAGAGCGGAAUGAGGUAAUGAUUAAGACGGAUCGAUAAAGUUUACGUUUUACCACUGCAGCACAUUUUAGAGCAAAAUCCAGCCACUGUGAGGAAGAAAGUCAUACUCGUACACAUCGCCAGAUAUUAUUCUGACUGAUACACGCUUUAAGGAGCUGAAAAUGCAUGUACUAUCCAAACCCCUGCUUAAAUUGGGCUGAUAAUUACAGAGAAUAUAGCAGCGAUCACAGGGGUCCAAGCACUUCUUUGUAAACGCUCUCUAAUUUGCAAACGAUGGAGUUUGUGUGUAAAUUUUCUAUCACUUGGUAAUUUAAAAGAGAAAGAUUUCCAUAUUUUGAAGUCCAAGUGCAUCUUUUUGACGUUCAGGGAUCGGGUAGAAAAGAAUCAGGAACAUAAAGGGAGGCUUCCGGUAGCAUGAACGCUUGCUAUACUCAGCUCUUACUGUAUUAUUCUCGAAGAACUUCUUAAGGUUUUGCUCCAUCAACAAGAGACUUAAAACGCAGGGAGCCACAGCUGUUAGAUUAUAAGCUACACACUGUCCUCACACACACACACCCACCCAGAUGUGUGUGAGAGAACUCACUAAUUUUAGCCUUCAGUACCUGCUGUUAGAGCUCAUUCAGAAUCGCAUCAUGUUUAUGAAUGUAAGUCACCUAUAGGAUGUUACAGGUGCAUUAUAGGAAAUAUAUCGGUCAGGUUCUAAUAGACACAUUUGUUCGAUUAUUGUUGCUUUUUUUUCCUCCACGUUAUUGCUUGCGAGUCUCACGCUAUCCUCAGGUACACUUACAUGUUCAGACACUGUCGUCUUCUUCAUGCUGUUGAGAUCGAUGCUGCAAUAAAUAUCUACCUUUUCA